UCCAGGCAUUAUGUUAUUGAUAUUCAAUAGAGUUCAAAGCCAUGUUCCUUUGAAGAUACUAUCAAUAGAAGAUGGCACUGUUCUUAAAGACUUCAAUCAUUUACUUCAUCGCAAUAAGAAGGUGGACUUCAUAGAACAAUUCAAUGAAAAGCUUCUAGUCAAGCAAGAUAAUGAGAAUCUCCAGAUUCUUGAUGUGCGCAAUGCUGAACUUAAAGAAGUUAGCAGAACUGAGUUCAAGACUCCAUCAGCUUUUAUCUUUCUUUAUGAGAACCAACUGUUCCUGACAUUUAGAAAUCGAACUGUUGCUGUUUGGAACUUCCGCGGAGAGCUUGUUACUUCAUUUGAGGAUCACCUAUUGUGGCAUCCAGACUGCAAUACUAACAACAUUUAUAUAACGAGUGAUCAGGAUCUUAUUAUUUCUUACUGCAAGGCUGAUUCCGAUGAUCAUUGGAUGGAGAGAAAUGCUGGGUCUAUCAAUAUCAGCAAUAUCUUGACUGGGAAAUGCUUGGCUAAAAUAAAUGCGGGCAAUGGCAGUCCUAAAGUUGAUGAGUACUACAGUAUUGACAGCAGCUCAAAGAAGCAACAUCACUCUUAUCAUAUGAGAAACACAGUUGCGGAGGCAUUAGAAGACAUAACAGCCCUUUUCUAUGAUGAAGAACGAAAUGAGAUCUAUACUGGUAAUCGGCAUGGUUUGGUUCAUGUGUGGUCUAACUGAAGAUCAUGCGACUUUUGUACAUGAUGCUAUGGAAUUGUGUUUCCAGAUGAUAAUGAUCAUUUCAUUAGGCUUCCCCUAUCUAACUUUUUGAUGUAUUGUAUCAUUAGACAACUUGAAGUGUUCACUCAAAUUUGCCUUCUGUAUAUGUAUAUUUGGGAUAUAUUUGGGGAUAUGCUUGUUUGACAUGUAAUGAAGGCGAUAAAAAGUAUCAGAGCUCUGGGCAACCUGCAGGAUUUACAUAUGUACUCAUCUUAUGCACAAUGUUUUCAAUUUUAUUUGAUGAUUCCUACGCACUGAAAUGUAAAUUGUGUUUGGAUUUA